GGUGGAAUGACUGCUGGUCUACUCACAUCACCUGGAGAUGUCGUCCGAACUAGACUACAGUCCGACUUUUAGACCCCAGCUUGCCGCCUCUCACUCCCUUCGGAACUCACCAACCUCUGGGUUGCUGCCUCUUCUCCGAUCCUCUGUCCUCCACUUCCGCAAAACAUUCCAAAUCCUCUUCUCCAUAAAGUUCUAUACAUAUGGCAGCAGCAAGCGUAUGAUAUCGCAGGAAAUAUUCGGGGGCCGUGAGACAGUGUUGGUGCAUUUACUUGCUGCUACCACUGCAGGUGUAGCCACGAGCACAGCAAAGAAUCCGAUAUGGCUCGUGAAGACCAGACUGUAGCUUAAUAAAUCCCUCGCCGAGAAAGCAGGCCGCAUGGCUGGCCGGAGUUAUAAAAAUGGCCUCGAUUGUAUGAUAUAGGUUAUUCGGAAAGAGGGGGUCAGAGAACUUUAUCGAGGCUUGAGCGCAAGUUAUUUAGGUGUUACAAAAAGCACAUUACAUGGGUUCUAUAUGGGCAGAUGAAGAUACACCUCAAGAAGCGUCAAGAGGGUUCUUUCCAGAUGGCAACGAAAAAUCAAUGUUGGCUCAGGUUAUAGACGUGGGAGGCAGGAGAGGUGCUGCUGGAGGCUCGCAACUCUGUGCCAUUUUCGUUACGUCGGUUUCUAACACCUCACUGAACGCCGAC